AAGUCCUGGACCCGCCUGUGAGAUUCCACCUCAGUGCUGCUUAAGAUCACUAACCCGCUGACGUUCUCACUGCCUCAUAAAGCCCAUCGAGUGCACCAUGCAUUGCAAGUUGCUCCAGUUAUUCUAAUGAUACCAAGGCUGCACUGCCGGCUGAGGUCAGAUUCACAAUUUAGUUGCUUGCCGUUUAGUUAUUCAAACGCUUCUCAGUCCUUGGCGUCGAUCGAUAGCUCGGCCCCUACCUUCGAUAAUUGUAGCCAAAAAUGUGAUAUAAAAGCAGGCUAUUGUCCUCGCUAUAAUCAUCUUCACUACUCUAUCGACAUCUUCCACAUCUACUUCCUCGAUAUACAAUCUCCUUCGAUUCUCUCACAGGACCAAUAUCUCUGUUACCUUAGAAUAUCACAACCGCCAUCAUGCAACUCUCAACGACCAUUCUCGACUUUCUGCUUGUCGCUGCCAGCACUGUUUCUGGCGCCGCAAUCGAAUCUGACGCCGCAAUCGAACUCGAUUCCCGUGGUCUUGGGAUCAACUGCCGAGGCAGCACGCUCUGCAGUGGCGCGGGGUCUCUAAAAGACAUCGCCGACAAUGUCGCGAAGAUCUCGCAAGAUCGUUGGUACAACGCUGGCGAGCUGAUUGCCUGUGUGCAAGAUUUGGCAGGCUCGGGCAAGUGCGCCUUUUUGCAGGGUAACACCGGAGGAUUGCCGGGAAGUGACAUCCUGCCUCUGAUCCAUUAUCUUCAGCAACACGGCUGCGGUGGAUGCGGUAGUGUCCCGAUCUACUUUGGUCAGGGAGAUAACAACCCAGACACCCACGGCAUUCUCACCGUCAACUACAAGAGGAACACCCAGGGAUGCAACGGCGCCUGCUGAACGGAUACGGGUUAUGGAACCUCUGGGACCAACAUUGGCUACGAACUUGACGGAUUGGAGAAGGCGCUGAAACUUGCUGAGAGCCAAACUAUUUAGAUCUUUUUUCUUUUUGUUGUUUCGGUUCGUUUGUUGGUAGACGGGGUUGUGUUUACAUGUUCUAGAAGUUUUAAUUGUGCUCUGUUAUGUGGGUUUUCCUAUGGGGUUUCCCACACUACGAAACGUAAAUUGCGGGAGAAAAAAAAGUUUAAUUUAAAUACUAUAUUAAA